GGCUUCUUCUCGCCCGCCUCGUCGCUCCCAGUUGUUCCUCAUCACCUAGAGAAGCUCGUUGGACAAAUACAGACACUUUUCUUUUUGCGAGCAGAACAGGGAAUCGUCAAGCUAUGUCUGAGGAGGUUCAAGGAACGACAUCUUCAGAAGAGCUGCAGGAAAUGGAGGACAAAGUGAUCAGUCCAGAGAAAGCAGAGGAAGUGAAGCUGAAGGCGAGGUAUCCUAACCUUGGAGCAAAGCCUGGAGGAGGCUCAGACCUUCUCAGAAAAAGAAUUCAGAAGGGACAAAAGUAUUUCGACUCCGGUGACUACAACAUGGCCAAGGCGAAAAUGAAGAACAAGCAGUUGCCAUCGGCACCCACAGAGAAGACUGAGAUCACUGGCGGGCACAUCCCAACGCCUCAGGACCUGCCGCAAAGAAAAACGUCAAUCGUGGCCAGCAAACUGGCUGGUUGAUGAUUUUUUUUAUAUUUACCGUUUUCUUACCAUUCCAACUUCACAUCCACCUGCUGUUUACAUUUUUGUUUAUUUUUCACCUCCUGUAAUGUAUUCUCUAAGAACAAGUUAUGUAUCAAGCCAGAUGCAUGGAAAAAAAUAUGUGCAACUGUCAUGCAUUGAAUUGUCAUUGAGUGCAGUCCAACAACGUAGAAGCUGAAAAAUGUCUCUCAAGUUUAAAAAAAAAAAAGAGUGAUAACUUCCCUGACCAUUAUAUCAGAUUUGUACAAAACAAUGGUUGUUAGUGCUUUCCUAUUUUCAUGGAACAUUUUUCACCUGCAAGAAUAAAUGCCUCUAUGCAAAUUGACUAACAGCAGCUGAAGAGUAGAAAGGAUCUUUUUGUCAUCGCCAUAGAUCCUUUAUCCACAAUGUUAACUAUAAUUACAGAGGCAGGAAAUUCUGAUGAUUUAUGACCAUAGACAAAGAAACCAUAACCACUGUUUGCAAUGGUGUAUGUGUGAAGCAGAAGUGUAAUUUACAAACCAACAUUCAGUUUGACACAUUUGAGUAUUAACCUGCUCUUAUGUCUGUUAAAAAAAAAGUAUUCCUGCUUUGUUUUUCAAAUUUCUAUCCUACAGUGUUCGUCUAUUCCUCUCUCAGUGGAGCUGUUUGAUUCUUAAGAUUAGUUCACAAACACUUUGGUAGCCUCUUGUAUUUUUAUUCAUUUUAGUGACAUUGAUUUGCAAAGACCUGCUGCUGGUUUACAUUUCAUCCAGACUUCUUAAAAUGGCCUUAAAAGUAACGAUCCCUUGUUGCUCUUGAGCAAUAUUUGCUCCCCUCAGUAAGAAACUUGGUUGUGAAUUUUGCCUGAAAUGUCUGUCACUGUCUGACCGGAACAGGAUUUUAUGGAAGAAACUCCCUUGACAUGUCUUGGGGUGUGCAUGUGCAUUUACUGUACAGUCACACUGUGCCAUUUGUUUUGUAAAUAAAAUAGUUUUGCAUAAUA